AUGCAUUACAGCGCUGUGCUCACCAUCCUAGCCGUACUUUCCUGUCUCCUAUAUCGCGUUGAAGCAUGCGGCUGUUACGGCCCGCAAUCAUGCACGCUCAAAAACGAUCGAUGCAACGGGCAGCCGGCUUCCAGCAUCAUCGCGACGCUCACUGCACUGGAGACGAGCGCGGCAUCGUUGGAUCCUCGAGCCGAUGCGGCUGGGAAGGAUGAUCAAUGUGUUUGCGACUGCUGUGCGGUGUGCAAUACCUGCUCAGCAUUGUUUUCCGGAUGCGGCGCUGACAACAUCGAGACGGACAUUCGCUUCCGACCUUCACUAAAGCCUCUGCAGCUGAAUAAACCGAUAAAACCACUGACAAUCACCAGAAAAGGAAACACGACAGAGAAUCUCGGGCUGUGGGGCGAGCUUUGUGUUGACGGGAAUUUGCCAAAAGGGCUUGAAUUCGCAUACAAUGCGGAAGAUCAGACGUUCGUGUUGCAAGGCACGCCUGUGGAGAAGGCCCGAAAGGAGCCGGUGGUUGUUAUUGCAAAAGCAGGGGGUGGGGUGUUGCAGAAACUGAAGUUCAAAGUCACAGUGAAGUGA